GAGGAGGAGGAGGAGAGCUCAGGAGAUGAGAGGGACACAUCUGUUCAGAGAGACAGAGAAGGAGGGAGUGAAGGACAGAGUGGGAGAGCCAACUCAAGAGAAAAGCCUGAGAGUUUUAAGGACAGAGAGAAGUCUGCAGACGUUCCUGGUUGUUCCUCAUCCCCUGAUCCGCUGAAGAUGGAAAUCAAAACAUUUCCUCCUGGAUGAGGACGAAGCUUUUCCUUCGUCUUUAAUGUUUUGCAUGUCAUCAGUAUGAAGGUGCUACAGUGGACAGUGCUUACGUUCAGCCUGUGUGGAUACAAGUGGGCGGUGUCUGUUCCACUGUCCCCGCCCAUUGUCUCAUUAACACCGGAAACCCCUCCCCCUGUUACGCCCACAGUGGAUGAAAGCGCAAGGCUAGUGGACUGGCUUAUGAAGUAUGGCUACCUGCCUCCUCCUGACCCAUCCACUGGUCAACUUCAGGCCUGGACUGCAGUCACACAUGCUCUGAAGGCCAUGCAGAGAUUUGCUGGAUUACAUGAUACUGGAGAACUGGAUGUGGAGACACUGAGACUGAUGCAGACUCCUCGCUGUUCACUUCCUGAUGCUGAAGGCAGAGGCCAGAUCAAUGAGUCAGACUCAGAUAGUGAACUUCAAGGCCAGAGGGUGAAGAGAGAUGUCUUGAGCUGGGCUCAGAGAAACAUCAACUGGAGAUUGCGUACAUACCCCACUUCCUCUGCUUUGUCGAAUGAAAUGUUUCGUUCUCUGGUCUUCUACGCUCUGAAAGUGUGGGCAGAACCAACAGCUCUUGAAUUUCACGAGGUUGGAGGACCAGAUGGGGCGGAUCUCCUGAUUGAUUUCUUGUAUGGUUCACAUGGUGAUGAAUAUCCUUUUGAUGGAGCGGGUGGAGCCGUUGGCCACGCCUUCUUUCCUUCGGACCCGGACAGGGCUGGUGAAGUUCAUUUGGAUGCAGAGGAGGAGUGGGCAUUCAGACAGCCAGCCUCUGAAGGCACGGAUGCAUUCACGGUGCUGGUGCACGAGCUCGGCCAUGCUCUCGGACUCUCCCACUCCUCAGCACGGGGGUCUGUUAUGAGGCCGUAUUACCAAGGGCCCCUGGGAGACCCGCUCCACUUCAGCCUGGGAUCUCCUGACCGAGAGCACAUCACAGCUCUCUAUGGUAAGAGGGGUGACCAACUACAGACAGUCAGUCCUCCUCCAGAGGCAGAAGCCAAAUUGAAACAUCCACACAGACUCAUACACAUGAACCGACACACACACCUUCACCUGGACAGUCCUUCUGUGGAUCGCUGCAACACCAGUUUCGAUGCGGUUGCAAAAAUCCGAGGAGAAACGUUUUUCUUCAAAGGUCUGAGUAUGUGGAGGGUGAACCGCGGAGGUCUGGUGUCUCGAAAAGCCGUGUCCGUGCGGAAACUCUGGGCCGCUCUGCCCACAUCUCUGCCCCCUCUGAGGGCCGUACUGGAGAGGCAUGAGGAUCACGCCAUCAUCUUCAUUAGUGGUUCUCAGUUUUGGCUGUUUAAGGAUCUGUCUCUGCAGAACGGUUUCCCCCAGCCGCUCUCCACUCUGAAUCCCACAGACUCGGAUGGAGAGAAACAUGGUGUGCACUGGGACCCUGAUAAAGGAGUGGUGUGGGGGUUGGGAGGAGAGGGAGGAGAGAGCGGUGAGGUGUGGGCGGAGCUCAUUCAACGAGGAGUGAACGGAAUUAUUACAGACAACAAUGGUUCGCUCCUCCUAUUCAAAGGCUCUCACUAUUGGAAAUUUGCUCGCCCAGGCUCGGCCCCUGAGGCUGGCUUUCCCCGACCUGUGUCCUCAGAUUGGUUGAACUGCCCAGACCCCUCCCCUCAUCACCCUGGUGAUAUCGCUCUGAUGUCCACUGUCGGUCAGAAGGAUCUUCGAGAGAGAAAAAAGGAAGGAGCUUUGGAGCAGAUCAGGCGUAGGGACAAAACCACAGCAAGACAUACAGACAAUCCUGAGGAAUGUCCCUGCUUCAACAGCGCAGCGCUAGCUAGCACCAGUCUGCAUUUCCUGACGAUUAGCCUGCUCUUACACACUCUUUUCCCGACACACUCACAUCCUGUUCACCUUUAGAUAUAUUUUUAUGUAAUUUUUAAAUCAACUGUCCAGUUUCAGUGAGCCUGAGAUGCUUUUCUGCUCACCACGUUGGCUAUUUGAGUUACUGUAGCCUUUCUGUCAGCUCCAACUAGCCUGGAAGCAUAGAAGCAUAUAAGCAUGUCUUUGGACUGUGGGAGGAAACCGGAGCACCCAGAGGAAACCCUCCAAGCACGGAAAACAUGCAAACUCCACACACACAGUGACCAGGGGGAAGACUCGAACCCAGGCCACAUUUAUAGUAUCGAUUAAAGAUUAAUGAAUUAAACACACUCCCAAUUAAAACCACAGUUUUAUUGUUAAUUCAAUUCUCUCUCUCUCUCUCUCUCUCUCUCUCUCUC